AUGAGUGAACAAAAGUAGAUUAUUUGCUCAACCUGCAGGAUCUAAUUCCCAAGCGUUGACCCUUAUAAGAUCCACUUGACCGCAGACUUCCAUCAAUACAACACCAAGCGUAGAAUGGCAAACUUAGAUCCAAUUACUGAGGAAAUUUUCCUUCAGAAAAAGUCAACUUUAUUGGCCACUGCUGGUACUUAGAAUAACAGUCAAAUGACAGAUAACAUGUGGAAGUGCGAGCCUUGUAAGAAAACUUUCAAGUCUAAUGAACAACUUGAGCAGCACAAAUUGGCAAAGCAACACAAGAAGAACGAGAAACUCUUUAUUUAAAACAAUCCUGACACUACACAGUCAUCCAUGUUCAAGUCUUUCUAGAUUGAAAACAAGAAUGCUGGAGUCAUGAUGAUACCAUAGGAGAAUAUUCUAGGCAUGCUUAGUAACGAUGGGAAUGAAACUGAGUCAAUUAAGGAAGAGAAUGAGAAGUUGGCAGAGAUCCCAACUGCAUUAGAUAAUUUGAGAAUAUGUCUAUUUUGCAAUAAAGAAAGCGAAGGAGUCAAGAAAAACCUAGAUCACAUGAUGAUUACGCACUCAUACUUCAUCCCAGAUGUAGACUGCAUCAUUAACUUGAAGGGGCUGUUAGGAUAUAUUGCUGAGAGAAUUCAUUUAGGGUACUUGUGUCUCUUAUGUAGCAAAUAAUUCAGUAAUGGUCGCAGCUGCCAAUAGCAUAUGAUGGAUAAAGGUCAUUGCUAGAUGAGCACUGAAGAUGAGGAGGAAUACGAAGAGUUUUAUGACUUUACCAAGACAUAUGAUAAUCACCCAUUGGUUGAAAAACAAUCUCAAAAGAAAAAGGAGAGAAAAGAAGGUGAAGGAGAGUAAGAUGAAGCCUGGGAAGAUGUUGAUUUUGAGAGUGAAGAAGAAGUUGAAGGUGAAGUUGAGGAAGAAGAGGAAAAAAAUCAAUAAGAAGAAAGCAAGGUAGUCGAGGAAAGUAAAUUAGAUGGAGAGUGUGAAUAAAUAGAUACUUCAACUACUCCUAAGGAGAAAAGAGCAGGUAAAGAAUUCAAGCAGAGAUUAGGAAAGUAAAGAGAAGAUGCAACAUUAGGAUUGAAUAUUAAGGCAGCGGAGUUGCUUGAGACUGGAGAGAUUAAACUCGGAAACGGAAAAAUUAUUGGAACAAGAGAACUUCGUUAUAUCUAUAAACAAAAAUUCAGAAUGCCAGACACAAGAGAGGCAGUUUUGAUUAACAAGCUUGCCUUGGAAUAUAGAAGAAUAAGAUCAGUUGCCAUCAGUGGAUCUGCUGAGGCAAUUGGCAAUAACGCUGCUCUUCAAGUUUAUAAUGGACUGAAGUUUAAUAGACAUGACGCAAAUGCUGCAAGGGAAUAUAACAUGAUGAAGAAAAGAGAAAACUACAACAAGCUUAAGAUGGGUCUUACAGGCAACAAUCUUCAGUAUUACUUUAGAAAGAGAGAAUGA